CUGAAUUGAGAGACGCAGCAUAAUAUUACAUCGCAUUAUGCUAUGAAUCCAUGAACGUAAAAGAUCUUCUUUACAUGGGAACUUGUGCGAUCAGAAGAAUAACUUCUCUCCGGACAGACAUGAAAUAUUUGAGUGAACGGAUCGAUUAUGCAUGUAUUUAAAGUCGACAGAGCAAUAGAUGCAAUCUGUCUCAUUAUAAAAUUCUAAAUGUACCAUUAGGAACACAUAUGCAUUUGUGCAAAAGUAAAACAACGAUUGUAAUCUAUAUAUAUUCAUUUCUAGUUGUAUGAAUAUUUUCCUCGUCAUGGUGCGUGUCACUAAAAGUUAGGGAGGUGUUAACCCAGUAGCCAAAAAAGAGAAAUAACAUGAAAUCAAAAUGGAGGCGAAGUCUACUCGUUUGCAUAUUUAUGUAUCUCUCUUUGUUAUGUAUAUUAAGAGAUCAUCUCUUACCAGAAAAUAUAUUUGGGACGCACAAAAAGCUCACUAUUUCACCUGAACAAAACUUCAAGUGCAUCUGGAGUGUCGUGGAAAACCGCGAAAUAUGUAAACCGGUGUGUAAUCAUGGCUUCUUUGGACUUUAUGGAAUGGCAAAAUGUCACCCCCUACUCACUUGUGAGGAUGUUGAACAACUCAAAUUCAGCGAGGAAAUAGGACACAUGGGAUAUGUGAAAGAGGUGUGGCAUUCUUAUUGGCAGAAGUUUCCUGUUGUAGUAAAGAAAUUAAGGACAUUUGAUUUGGCGGGGGAGAUUGCAGGCCCUGGUUAUCUCCAGGGAAUAAAUCUGAUGAAAAACUUCUAUAAGCCCUCUGUCCUACUACAGCUUGUGGGCCAUUGCAAUGAUACCAUUGUCACAGAGGUUCACAGACUGCUUGAUGCAAGGGAUUUGGAGAUUCGAUUUAAGGAAUAUCCCCUCUAUAACACUUUACAAACCAGGAUGCAGUUAUGUGUGAGCUAUGUAGAUAUACUAAGAACCCUGCAUUCUGGACACGAUGGAAAAAUAUACGUCCAAUGUGACGCAAAAAAUCUCCAAAAAUUAGCAGGACAAUUUCUUUUUACUGAGGAUUUCCGAUUAGUUCUUAGUGACGUCGACUCCAUGGAAACCAUACUAGUGAACGGAACAAACAGAAAGUUGAUGAAGUGCACUGAUUGGGGCGAGGUUAAAGGUUACUUUCCUGCUCCUGAGGAAUUGUGGCCUUACAAAGGGGGAUACGAUGCUUCCAAAUUGCCGCUAUACGACGAAAAGAUUGAAAUCUGGAAGAUUCCAGACAUGUGUUGGUACUUUCUAGGUGAUGAUGUUUCAACACCUCAACUUAAACGUUCCUUAAAUGACAUCCACAACCAGUGCAAGAACCGCAACCCGAGGAAACGACCAACCGCUGAACAAGUGUAUGAGACAUACCUGACAAUAUAUCAAGAUAUUAUAAAAAAGUAAUUUUUCAAAUAUAUCAAUUGACUAGAGAACAGUUGUAAGUUUGUGUUAACUCUUCUUAGUUACCAUAGUUUGUUAUGGGCGACAGAAAGGGUAAAAAAGACUUAAAUGCAAAACGAACUUAUUUUUUGAAACAUAGCCUCAGUUGCAAAAUCAACAGACACCGAAUCAAAACAAAUGAUUACCGAUGAAAAACCAACAGUCGUGCACUGAAUAAACGCUGGAUGGCGUGCAAAGAGGUAUCAGAAGAAAUCGUA